AUUUACGGUAAUGCAUGUUUACGUCACGAGUUGAACGGAAGUGUGAUUACGCACGCAUCUCUUACUUUAAACAUUGUUGGCCUUAAUCGAUAUUUUACAUAUGCCAAAUUGGACUACUAUCAACAUUUGCCAUAGUGUAAGAAUUUUUAUUAAUUGAUUAUUUAUUGCAUAUUGGCUAGCUACAAAAUUGUAACAUAUUUACUUAACAGAGAAUACUGGGCUGGACAAGAUGGCCAGCUGCAAUUUUCAGGCACAGUUGGUAUCCGUUAUGGAGGUAUUAGCUAAAGCAGCUGUAGCAGAAAUAAACAAACGUGUAGCUGAUAGCUGUGCUGUUAUACGUUUGGAAAUGACCCAAAGCCAGCGAGAUAUUGAUGUACUGAAAAGGAAGUGGCAAAUGAUGGAGAGCGAGUUGAAGAAGACGCGAGGACGAGUCAGAAGAAAAGUUUUUUAUCCCAUGGCAUCAGAGAGAUCUUCAUAUCCAGUCAAGAUUGUUUUGAACAAGCAGAGUAGCUCACAGUGGAGAGACGAAGAGCUGUCUGUUGAAGAAGACUCUCAGCCACAGCCUACAGAUGUGGAGCAGAGAGUGGAGACUGAACCCAUACUGAUCAAAGAUGAGGAGACAGCAGAGGACGUGUGGAAGGCUAACGCUCAGGAAGAGAUCAGGAUCACUGGAGAGGAGUCUGGUUCCAAGCCUGGGAAACCACCAUCCUUUGAACAACGGCACUGUGACGAGGACUUCAUCACACAACCCAGCAUGUCUCCCGAAGACUCAGUGGAACAUUACCCCAAUUCUGAUCGUCCAGAGGAACCAGGAACACCCCGGCUCGCUUCUACAGAGGUAUUCCGCACAGAGCAGCACCGGCCAGCCAAGGACGAGGACUCACUAGAGCUAGUGAUGGUGAAGAAUGAGAAAGAGGAGGAGCUGGGGCAGACUACAGCCCUGGCAGGACCUGACCAGUUUGUCAUGGAUGAGUCUGAUGGUCAGCUGUGGACCUCUGUGGAUCCAGGCGGAGACACUGACCCUAUCUGCCACCCAGAUUUCUCCUUUCAUUCCACAGAAGAGUACUCUCAGAAUAUCUCAAUUUUCCCAUCUCAUAGUGGGCUGCCAUCUGUUCCUACUAUGACAGAUGAUGUAGGGCCAUCGCUUCACUCUUCUAUAGGAAAACCACAUGCUAACAUGUUCAGUGCAGCAGCACACAUGAAAAGACAUGUCAGGACAUUGGCUGAUGAGACUAGACAACAGAUGCCAGAGGGACAGAGUAGCGAGACGCUGAACUCAAAUAAUGAUGGAAAUAGUUUAGCUCUACAGCCAAGGCAGCAUCAAUACAGGGCUUCAGAAGCAACAGUGAGAUUGAGUGAGUGCAUGACAGGGUCAAACAUGGCCACCACCUCCACCUUCUCUGGAUACAGCCUGAGUCACAGUAGUUUUAACAUGGUGAAGAGAAUGAGGAGUCAGUGGAGGUCGGGCGCCACCACCGAGAGGCGUUUCAGCUGCACCUUUUGUGGGAAGAGCUUCCAGCGUUUCUGCCAGCUCAAAGUACACCUCCGGAGUCACACCGGAGAGAAACCGUACACCUGCGAACAGUGUGGCAGGAGUUUUACCCAGCAGUGCAACCUGAUCAGACAUGCUGUGGUCCACAGCGGAGAGAAGCCCUUUGAGUGCAAACAGUGUGGGAAAUGCUUCACCCAGCGCUCUAGCAUGAAGUCACAUCAGAAAACUCACAUAGGAGAGAGUCCAGUGUCUCAAUACGUGGUACCCGCAUACCCUGGGGAUCCACACACAGGUUUAAAGCGCAACUGAAGGCAAUAAACAUCUUCUGAUAUAAAAAGGCUAUGUAUCACCGAUGAGUCAAACAUUUAUUCUAUUGUCAAAUUGUAAAUAGGAUAAUUGUGUUCAUAAAUUCAGUCUCAUCCAAAACUGAGUUUUGUAAGUACUUUCGACAGAACUUACUUUUGGGUUGCGUUUUGAUUUUACCAAUGCUCACUUGCCCACUAACACCAGAUACACAGCUGUGGUGAUUGUGGUCUAUCCAAUCCACCGUAGAACACACAGCUUUUCAGACACACCUGCCCAUCUCACUUUGUUUAACUUGAGAAAUACAGCACCAAACAUCUUAACUAUAAGUAAAAUUACUCAACUAAAACCUCCUCGUCAAAAACGUCCAAGUUAACUCAAGAAGUCUAUCUUAGAUUCAUAAUACUGGCAUUGUUCCUAUGGUGUUUCAUGGGGGACAAACAUUAUUAACUGCCACAUCGAACCUCACCCCAAGUCUGAAAUCUGUUUUUUCUUAAAAAGAGCAACAGAGAAAUGUGGAAUUAGUGCGUUCAGUCACUCUUUAAUGUUGUCUCAAAUCAGAUGAAUCAAAUAGAUAAUAAUUGCAUAGUUUUCCUGUAACACUUUCUAUGUAAAAAUGUGUUACAGAAGGUAAUUUGAGACAUUUUGACAAGCUUUUCCUCCAAAUUGAUUUGUAAAAUGGUUUUCAUGUUUGACUGUUGACGGCUCUUCACUUUAAUUUCAACAACGUAUUUCCAACUGGUAAUGUGUGUUUGUACCACAAAAUCAUAAAAACCAUGCUAUAUUCAAUAACAUAUAUUUAUUGAAAGAGUCAAUUUGCCAAAAUAAAAAGUUUUAGCUUCACUGUCCGAAUAAAUAGUAGGGGAGUGUUUAUGUAUGUGCCUUAAAAACCCUAAGUAAAGAACCUCAAUGUAAAUCAGCUAUAAUGCAUCAAUAGUUACUUGAAAUAUAUCAUGAAAGGAAGUUUACAUGAAACUAGUUUAUGGUCUUUGUUUGCCAGUUGUGUUUCAAACAAGUUAUAUACUUUUUUUCUAUCCUUUAAUAAAUACCAUACCACAUUU